AUGGCCAAUAAUCCUCUUAAUUUUGCAUCACUCAACUCUACCAUGACUACCUAUCUCUUAUUUCUCAUCAUAGCAGCUUCUGCAUUUUCCACACUUAACGCUGAUGUGAGCAUCGAUUGUGGAACAUCUCAACUUUACAGUGCCGAUGACUAUUCCAUCGGCUGGCUUGGAGACGACAGCUACAUUCGACAUGGCCUUCUGGCCAUUCUAAGGGUAUUCACCGACAGGAAGAAAAGCUGUUACAACAUUCAUUCUUCCAAGGGAUCUAAAGUUCUUGUCCGAGCCUAUUUCUUUUAUGGAAAUUAUGAUGGGAAAUCAUCGCCCCCAAAUUUCGAUCUACAUUUUGAUGGGAAUCAUUGGGAUACGGUGGAGACUUCCAUUGACCAAUCUGUUUUCUACGAGGUUAUUUAUGUCACGAAGACGGAUAACAUUAGUGUAUGCGUUGCUCAGACGGUUCCAAACAUGUUUCCCUUUAUAUCGGCCAUCGAAGUUCGGAACUUGGACUAA